GAAGAAUCUUUGAAGGUGGAUUGGAAUGGGCAAACAGUUGGAAUAAUUUUAGGAGCAGUGAAUUACGGGCAUCUAAUUGCUUAUUUACCUGGAGGUAGAUUAGCUGAGCUUUACGGUGGUAAACAAGUUCUCAUAUUCAGCAUGUUAUUAACAGCAAUCGCUACACUGCUGUCACCAGUAACUGCUAUCUGGAGCCCAUAUGCUUUUUUUAUUACAAGACUUAUUGCUGGAAUCGGUACGGGUCCAACUUCACCUAUUGUAAAUUACAUGUUGGGCAAAUGGAUUCCGGAACAAGAAUCGAAUUUUCAAUUAUCAAUCAUUCUAUCGGGAUAUUCAUUUGGAUCGUUUUUCGCUUUGUCGUUUGCGGGAGCUCUAUGUGGGUCGUCGUUCAUGGGAGGAUGGCCAUCAGUAUUCUACGUUGGCGCUGUCUGUACAAUUCUCUGGUCUAUUGCUUGUGCUUUACUUAUGUCAGAAUCACCAGAGGUUCAUGGAAGUAUUAGUGGAGAAGAAUUGCAAUAUAUUGUACAAAAUCGUUGCUUGAAAAAUAAAGAAAAUAUAGCUAAAAUACCAUGGAAAGCCAUCAUGUUCUCAUUACCAUUUUGGGCCUUGGCUGUCGGUUACUUUGGACAAUUUUGGUUAUUAGGUUUCUUUUCUACUGUACAACCAUUGUAUAUGGCAACUAUUCUAAAUAUUUCAGUAGAAGAAAAUGGAAUUUUAUCAAGCCUUCCACAUCUGUUAAGAUCAUUUGCUGCAAUCAUGGCGAGUUUUCUAGUUGACUUUAUUUUAGCGAAAAAAUUUGUAAGUACUGGAUUCGUUAGAAAAGGAGCUACAAUUUUAAACUCAGUUGCUGCUUGUGCGGCAUUUUUUGGUAUUACUUUUGUUGGAAAUAAUGUUUUAGCCACAACUGUUUUAUUCAUACUAGCUGGUCUGUUUGGAGAGUUUAUAUCAUUUGGAGUGUGUAUUGCUUGUAUCGAUAUAGCACCGAAUCUAUCAGGUACUGUAAGUGGAAUAAUAAAUAUUUUUGGUAUGUUCCCGUUCUUUAUAAUACCUGCUUUGGUAGCAUGGAUUACUAAUUACGAGGAAUCCUAUGAGGCAUGGCAAUGUGUAUUUUAUAUUUCAAUUUUUGUCGUAGCCAUAUGUACAGGAUUUUUUACAUUAUUCGGCAAUUUAAAUCCCCAACCAUGGGGUACCGCAACAAUCGAUGAGCAUGCAAACAAUAAUCGUCGGACGUCAGACCAAGUAACAGAAGUGAAGAGAAGACGGCGACCAACAGUAUCUUAGGAUGAGUAAAAAAAAAAAAACUUUUGAUGUCAAUAACUUAACACAAAUAGUUUUAAUAAAUUUACGUCAUACUGACUUGAUGCUUA